GGACCCUCCAGGGCCUCCACUGUCUAAGGUUCUGGGAGGACUGCGAAGAGGAGGGAGGUGAAGGUGGUCGUGACGUCGGUGAGGAGAGCACUACAGCUAUCUGUCUGUCCGACUCCGGCGAUGGCGAUGCUGCUGCUGCUCCUGCCGCUGGUCAUCCAGCUGGCCGCCCAAGGAGCCGCUGCCAUUUGUCCGCCGCCCGGAUCGGUGAAGAUUGAAUCGUUCAGCUAUCUAGGAAGCGGCUGUCCUCUGGGGACUGCUGUCGGCGACAUCUCGAGCGACGGCCAGGCGCUGACGGUCAUGUUCAGCAAGUACUUCGCUACCACGGACAAAUUGCUGACGGACCGGAGACGGAACUGCGUGGUAACGGUCAGUCUGAGCUAUCCCGGAGGGUUUGUCGUGUCGGUGGGGACGGUCACAAUGCGUGGGUACCUGAAGCUGGACGCGGGCGCCGUGGGGACCAUUCAGACGUGGUACUACUUCUCCGGGCUGCCAGGGACGGCUCGCUUCGUGCGCAACUUCACAGGAGUGGUCGACAAAAACUUCGAAGUCACGGACAAGUUCCUCACCCUGGUUUACAGCAGUUGCGGCGUGUUCAGGAACCUCAACCUCGCCUCGGAAGCCCGGGUGAUCCCCGGCCCCGGGUAUCCGGCCAAGGGAAAUGGACUUGUUGAAAUUGACUCUCAGGAUCUGUCCGUCCGCCAAGUCUGGAAUCUCGUCUGGCAGAAAUGCUAAGCCAUGGCAGACAUGAGCUCGUCUGGGAGGCCGCAAAGUAGAAGGGGAGGGAAGGGGCGGUUGGGGGGCGACAAGUAGUGGGAAAGGUGAGUCUAGGGUCCAAGAAACCGGUCGGCGGCAGUUGGAGAGGCCGUCCGAUUAGGAGUGAGUGGGGGCGCGCAGGAGCUCGCGAGUGUCGGGAAGUAGUCCACUGGCGGAACCCUCCUAUGAUGCCCGCAAUUCGGCCCGCAGCGUGGGACUCGCAGCUCCGUACGAGGCGUAAUGUCAUACACGUGAUUCUGUUUUCACUCUGUUCAGGUCUAGGAGUUGUGUGGGUCUUGUAUGCAGAAGGCACAUCAGACACAAGUUAUGAUACACGUAAUUUGGAUUUCAGGUAAACCGGUAAUAGUAAAGUCAGUCUUUCUGU